UUAAGACGUUUCUUGAUUUUGCUGAAUUCAGAGUUCCGGCCAACCAACCAACCGCCGCCGUGUUCAACUGCCGAUUGAAGCAAAGCUGAUAGAUUUCGACGGUGAGGAUGGCGAGGAAAAGAAAGCCUUUGAUACUUUCCUCCACCAAAGCUCACCUCACCUCCAUUCUCAACGAUGAACAUAAGCUCACAGAGCCAAUUAAGCCCCUUUCCUCUUCGUCCCUGACAAAUUCUAGUAUACAGUUAAGAGCAGGAAUUCUCCAAUUGCCCAAGGACCUAAAUGGAAUUUCACCCGCGAAGGCAGGGUCUUCUCUUGACUGUUCCACCAUGGUCGGCCUUUCCACUUCUUCUCUCAAAAGACUCUCCAUAACUUCCGGGUCACUGGUACUGAUAAAGAAUGUUGACAUGAGUGGGCUAAGAAUUGGGCAAGUAAUAGUUCUGGAUCCUCCCCAUACUGAUAAGACAUUGCCCAGUAGCACACCACUUCUCUCAGAAUCUCCCCAGGCAAUGCUUGUUUUGCCAUCACAUUGUUAUGGUGAUGUUCAUUCCCCCAAGACAGAUCAGGAAACUGCCUAUUUAUCUCCAAUUUUGGCAUUUAACCUUAAUUUGCAUAUAUCGUGUUUGAAAUCGGUUAUUCACCAAAAUAACGAGACUUUGUCUCCUUUGUUUGACAUCAAGGUGGAAAGUGGAAAUGAAAGUGCUGUCAUUAGUCUAGGAAUUGAACCAUUAGAUCAGUUGCCAAAGUAUGCAAAACAUCUUAGGGCUUCUUUUGUUAAGAUGCCUGAAUGUGGUAUGCUCAAGUCUGUUAGAAAAACUUCACUUGUUGAGGCAGAAGAUCGUCAAGAGUUGAUUGAUUUGGCAUUGAAUCAAUACUUCUCAGUAGAUAGGUUUCUUGCAAGAGGUGAUCUUUUCAGUGUAAGCAUUAAUUGGAAUUGCAAAUCAGCUUUGUGUGUUCCCUGCACCCAGAAACUUCAGACUGGUGGUUCUGAAAUCAUAUACUUCAAGGUUGUGGCUAUGGAACCAUCAGAAGAACCUUUUUUGAGAGCCAACCGUGCUCAGACUGCACUAGUACUUGGAGGAAACGCUCCCUCUGCUAUCCCCCCGGAUUUUUUAAUUCCUGGACCUCAACGUUUCUUGCCUUUACAAGCGAACACUGUGAAGACUUUGGCCUCCGUUCUUAUGCCAGCAUUAUGCCCGUCACCACUUUCAUCAAAAUUCAGGGUUUCUGUUCUCUUGUCUGGUUCGCCUGGCAUCGGGAAGACCACCUUAACUAAAUUUGUAGCUCGUCGGUUAGGCCUGCAUGUGGUGGAAUAUAGUUGUCACAAUCUAUUCUCGUCUUCUGAAAGAAAGACGUCUGCUGUUCUGGCUCAAGCUUUCAGCACAGCUCGCAGAUACUCUCCAACAAUACUUCUACUACGACAUUUUGAUGUCCUUCGUAAUUUGGUGUCUCAUGAGGGUUCAGCACAUGAGCAACUUGGUGUCAAUUUCGAAGUUGCAUCUGUCAUAAAGGAAUUCACCGAGCCAAUUGGUGAUGAAGACCUUCACUUUGAAGAAAACUCAAAAGGUGAUGAUGUUGCUCGUAGAACAAGUGGGCAUCCGGUGCUGUUUAUUGCUGCUGCUGAUAGUUCUGAAGGACUUCCACCAGCUAUUAGGCGAUGCUUCAGUCAUGAAAUCAGUAUGGCACCGUUGACUGAGGAACAAAGGAAAGAAAUGAUGUCCCAGUCUCUUCAAUGCAUCACUACAAUGCUCCCAAAUGCUUCUACGGAGGACUUCAUAAAAGAUAUAGUUGGGCAGACAUCUGGUUUCAUGCCAAGGGAUCUGCGUGCUUUAAUUGCUGAUGCUGGUGCGAGUUUGAUUUCGAGCCAAAAUAUUAAACAUGUCAAAAGUGAGCCAGAAAAUCUUAAUAAAACUUCUCUGGAUACCAAGCCGGUUGAGAAUGAUGGGUUGGUUAGUUCAUCUCAAGUCUUAAGUAAAGAAGAUUUAAUGAAAUCAAUGGAGCGGUCAAAGAAAAGAAAUGCAUCAGCUUUGGGCACUCCGAAGGUUCCUGAUGUGAAAUGGGAAGAUGUUGGCGGGCUUGAGGAUGUGAAAAAAUCGAUUCUUGACACCGUGCAGCUUCCUCUACUACAUAAAGAUUUAUUUUCAUCUGGAUUGCGCAAGCGAUCUGGGGUUCUUCUUUAUGGUCCUCCUGGUACCGGGAAAACUUUACUCGCAAAAGCUGUCGCUACUGAAUGCUCGCUGAAUUUUCUGAGCGUAAAAGGGCCUGAGUUAAUUAACAUGUACAUUGGAGAAUCAGAGAAGAAUGUUCGUGACAUAUUCCAGAAGGCCAGAUCAGCUCGCCCAUGUGUCAUCUUCUUCGAUGAGCUCGACUCUCUUGCACCUGCUAGGGGUGCUUCUGGAGAUUCUGGAGGAGUAAUGGAUCGUGUGGUUUCUCAGAUGCUUGCUGAGAUUGAUGGACUGAACGAUUCUACCCAGGACUUGUUCAUUAUUGGGGCCAGCAACAGGCCAGAUCUUAUCGACCCCGCUCUUUUGAGGCCAGGUCGGUUCGAUAAGCUCCUAUAUGUUGGUGUCAAUUCCGAAGCUUCUUACAGAGAGAGGGUUCUUAAAGCACUGACUAGGAAAUUCAAAUUGCACGAAGAUGUUUCUCUACUCUCAAUAGCAAAGAAAUGCCCUCCGAACUUUACAGGCGCUGAUAUGUAUGCCCUGUGUGCUGAUGCCUGGUUUCACGCUGCAAAGCGCAAGGCGUUAGCUAUUGGCUUGGAUUCUGGUGAUGGGUCGGGCGACACAAAAGAUGCGAUUGUAGUUGAGUAUGACGAUUUUAUGAAGGUUUUAUCGGACCUGUCUCCUUCAUUGUCAAUGGCGGAACUUAUGAAAUACGAGGCAUUGCGAGAUCAGUUUGAAGUUUGAAGGAGCAUCACCAUCCAGGUGAUUAUGCAUGCAACAGAUCGAGGCACUUCAACGACAUAUACAUACAUAAUACCAUGAAUAUUUUUUUUGAACAACAUUAACAACAUAUACAUAGUACAACAUUCACAACUUUAGCCAAGUUAGUCAACUUAUUAAGAUUAUAAGUUUAAGUUCAAUUUCCAA